AGUACGAUUCAACUGCUCUAUGCGUCUAUAGAUAGACUUCCUAGAAAUUUUGAUACUAUGGAGUUCAAUCCAGCAGUUUGUAUGGUACUAUCAAUCUCUGGUUAUACAUUAUGCGAAUGUUCAACGACCUUUUUUGCCUCCUGUUAUGCGUCAAAUUCAAGUUAAUGACUUCAUGGUGUACGAUCAUUUUUCCAAGAUUAUUCUUUGGAAGCUCCCUCAAAAUAUCCCGAAGAGUUGCAAACAAUUCAACAGAGGUUAGUUCGUGGUUUAGCAAGAAGGAAUAUAGGUGUCGCUCCCUUUUUCCAACGUCAUUUAGCGAUAUCUUCUCCCUCCAAUGCCAUCUCUUCAGACAUAAAUGCAGGAUUUAGCUUUGCCUCUUUUCUGAACUGCUUUGCUGUUCUAUCUACCAAGAAACCGAGUGAUGGGAUCAGCUCUAAG